GUCUUGGUAGCUUUGCUCAUCAUGCUCCACUCGCUGGGUUUCUUUGAUCAGUUUCCAGCGGGCAAGGCCAGGUCCAUUUCAGCUUUUGCUGCACGAUGCUUUUUCACGGGGAUACAGGCCCUCGAGAUCUUUGCUGGAGCUUCGGUGGUGACCCGAGUUCUGCGUUCCACCGGGUUGCGAACAGCGGCGCUCGACAUAGCCUACUGGCCGAGUUACAAGGUCAAAAAAGCACGCAAGGGGCAAAAAGCUCCCAGCUCCAACCUGGUUGACUUGAUGACACCCGCAGGGUUCAUUACCGCGGUGCUUGCGGUUCUAGGGUGCGAUGAAGCGCACAUUGUGGUUGUUGCCAUAGUGUGCAGCUCGUGGGUUUCAAUCAGCCGUGGCACAACGAAGCGCACAUGGCUGUCUCCGCUCGGUGACCCGUCAGUUGAAAGUGUACGAAUGGGCAAUGUCCUUGCUUCAAGGCCGGGCAUCAAAUUGCUUUUUGUAUGGCGCGCGCAGGAGUCGCAACUCAUGCAUGUGGCCUGA